UGCGCUACAGUUUAAACAAUGGGAACUGAGCGGGUUGGAGCGGUAACUGAGUUACUUACUGGACAUACUAUAGAUGAGCUACACCGUAUAGUUCGUCAGAAAAGAGCUGAAGUAGAACAUAAAAAAGAUGAGUUACGUCACCUUGUGGGUGAAAGACAUCGAGAUAUUAUUGAUGCUUCUGAUCGAAUACUACUAAUGAAGAACCUUGCCAAUGAAGUUUCCAUCUUAUUAGACCAGCUGAGGUCAUACUUGACAACUUGGAGUCGAGAUAUGGGAACAAAAAAAGAGUAAGUUAUCCGUUUGUUAAUCGUAGUCCUUCCGUUGAAACACAAUCGCUCGAAUUAUCAACGGCUUCUCAAUUGAAGUUGAUGCUUGACAUACCGGAAUUGGUAGGUUUCGCACAAUAAGUUGUAUUGAAAGAUUUGGAAUUAUAUGGAUUUGGGACGACACUCUUCGUCUGCGAGAAUGCUCUUUCUUGGCAGACAUCUGAACGCUAGGUUAAAUUUUAGCCAUGAGCGGCAGUUGUCACAUGUAAACGCAAGUGUUCUUGUCAGUCGGGCAUGGGACUCUUUGGUCCAUAUGGAAGCAGCCGUAAUUUCAGCAUUCCGCAAACGAUUAUCUGCUCCUCCGUCAACUAAAGAAGUGCUUAAAUGUAUAAAAGUUUACGUUUUCAGGAAUUAUGCGAUUCUCUUGCUGCUCUGUCAGUGGUUGGUGACCUUUCUACCCUACAGGUGCUUGAAGAAUUUUUCAAUGGCAGAAAGGUUGGAUUAUAUUGCCUUCUUGGUAGAGAUUAUUCACCACACGAUGGGAUAAUAAGACUAAGACCUAAUUUUAUCCUAUCAAUUCGCAAACAGCUUUUACUGGUUGUUAGACAUAUUUUGUCAACUUUGGAGUAUCUUGAGUUCCUAUUUUUGCCGAAUACUAGCGGUGAAGGAUCUACCUGUAAAGGAGCUCUCGAUUCUCGGAUUAAAUGGUUUGUGGAUUGGACAUUCCAAGAUUCACCCAUCUUCUCCAGAGAUCGUCUUUAUACACAUUUACCGAGCGAUGUACUGGAUUUCAAACUGAAGGAUUUUAAAUUUUCAGACGAAUUUUCUAAUUUUAAGCAGGAUGAACAAUAUAACUUGCUGAUAGACUUACUACGUAAACUUUGGGAUGCUUGGCGAGAUGACUCCAUUCAAAUAUGCCGAGAAGUUCUGUCAGAAUCAUUAAGCCAUGUGUCUAGUUUUGAAACACUGGUUGAUCUCCGUACAACUGCACUAGUUCUUGUACAACGACUACAAACCUUCAGUUUUAAAAAUGGUGCAAAGAAUUGUGAUACAAGACCAAUCAAAUUUGAUAUUUGGAUAGAAUUACUGCGUGGUUUAUUCCUACAAAGAUUAGAGGUGUUAUUCACGGAGAGUUUUGAGAGCAGUUUCAAUGAAUGGAUUGACCAAUUCGAUCAAAUUUUAGUCCGUGAUUCGAAAUUAAAGAGUGAGGAUAACUUGUCGAAAAUGCUAUCGUCUAAAAAACCCUUUUUCAACAGUCCCAUAGAAAAUAGUCAGUUUGACUGGGCUAAUUUCGUUUGGUCAGACUGCCUAAGAGAUAUUGAUAUAAAUGAUUCGUCCGUUGUGCCAGAUUUAUUUUCCUGUGGAAAGUCCAAAUCUGAAGAAACAUCAGCAUCAUCGGUCAGUGCCUGGAAUAGUAAAGUUAUGUCUCAUUUGGUAAAUUCCAAUAAUGUAGGCUUGGCUGUAUUUUGUUGUCUUUUACAUUCUCCGAUUCCUGACUCAUUUGCUUUGAUUGAAAAUGAACAUGAACAUGACUUCACAUCAUCAGCUCAACUGUUAGUCUUUUUGCAACGAUUAGUCAGUGAAAAUGUCCCGUCACUACCUGGGAUAAUAUUAAAUGGAUAUACAGAUUUACAAAAACAGCUUCAGGUUUUAUCACCUGAAUUGUUAGCCUUAUGUGAAAAGUUAAACAUAGCUAUUUCAAAUCAUAUCAUCAAGUUAACUUUGAAUGUUGGUCAGGAUGCUUUCAACAUCUGGUCGCUCGUAUUUACGGCGUUACAGAAAUCAAUGAAACAGUUAGAAUACUGGAUGACAAAUAAAGCUUAUGGAAGCCAAUCUUUUGAAAAUGAUUGCAAAAGUAUAUCAGUCCCUUUAAAAGUUCAUCCAUCAUGUGGUAUACUUAUUUCACGUGCUUGGUAUGCUUUAGUAAAUUAUUGUCCUUCCAUUAUUGCAGCCUCAAUUGCUGCCACCGGACAAAUUGAAUCAAUUCAUCCCGUACAUUCUGACAUCGAAAAUUCCGAUCGUUUGGUACAUUCUAUGGACAGUACUUUACCCAUGGAAAAUCUAGUGUGGAAAAAUAUUUCAUUGCUGCGUUGUAAAUGGGAAUCAUUGAGUCAUUCGUUAUUUGAAGUCAUUAACCAGAUCACAUUUGAUUCGUUGGUAAAAGGCGCAGUUGGGCAUACAAUUCUUGACGAAUUUCGUGAUAGUUUAUGUUCAACUUUUUUGAUCAAUUCCAAACAAACAGAUAAUGAAUUUAAAAGUGAUACGAAAUUGGACUUAGUUUUUAAUAAAAAUGAAGUUGAAAGUCUUUUAAUGAAAUACGCUAACACAGGUGCCAUACUGAGCGGUAUAAUACCUUUUGAAGAAGUCCGACUUGAAUUACAUUCUUCCGAACUCACAGAUGUUGAUGGUAAUUCGUCUGCUGUUGUGCGCAUACCUUCACAACUUUCUCUACCAACUCAUCAUUUACUUUUAAAUAUUGUUUAUACAAUGGGAAAAUUUGUUGUACAUAAAUCACUUCCAUCACCAUUUAGUCAUCUAUUUUUAUCUAAAGUAUGCACUUCAUUAUUUGAAAUAUACUCCAGUAUUGUUGACGAAUUGCUGUCACAUCAAGAUAUAUCAAUUCAAUGCACAGACGAAGCAUCAAUAUGGUUUUCGGAUUCUUUGCAAAAGUCGAUGCAAUCACGGGCUUUACAAAUUAUGUUCGAUUUAAAAUUCCUCCAACGUUUAUUAGUUUCGUCUGUAUCUGUUAGUGAAGCUAGUCUUGCUCAGAAAAAUCAAAUGGAUGUCUCGUCAAAACGUGUUCAAUCAAUGAUUCAAGAACUCACCUCUCGUUUAGAAACACUUGUUGAUCCUUUCGAUUGGAAUGUAUGUGCUUCGAAAUUAAGUCGUAAUGUUGCAAAUACAAUUACAUCUACAUAUCAUCUGUACGCACCUAUUCUUGGUUCGAGUUCGUUUGCACAAGUUGAAACUUUGAGAGGCAUUAAAGCAAUCUCAAAAGAGGAGACAAAUGACAAAUCAACCUGUUUUUUUUUACCAUGUAUUUCUGGCACAAAAAAUAAGACAAAGUUGAACUUAAAUCCUUUACCAUUUAAUUCAUCUAUAUGUGUCAAUAAAUGGUCGGUUUUACGAAAUGGAAAUCCAUACGCAAAGCAAAUAUGAGUCUCAUUUACAUACUUUCCUCCGCUGUGAUUUAUCUAAGUUCGUCCUUAAACAUGGGAUCGUAGUGAAUAGUAUUUUUUUCGUGAUGGACAUUUUUGCAAUACAUUCUAUUUGUAUUAAACUUGGCUUUUUAUGAAAUAAAUGCCUAUUUUGUCA